CCAGAUUACAACCAACCAGAUACUGAAACAAGACAGGAGCAUGGAGGACAAAAAUAAAAGGAUAUAAGCUCCUCUAACAUAUUCUCUCCUUCUGCCAGUUCAAAAGAAAAAGAAUCACACCCAGGUUGUGUUCAGGAAGAGGGAGGAAGAGUGAGAAGAAGGGGAAAGAAAGGAAAGAGGAGUACUGUAUUUCCAAGAACGAGCGUUUCAGAGGACGGUGCUGUCACAGAAGAGGAGGAGGAGGAGGAGGUGAUGCGUGCGAGUGUGUGUGUUUGCAACACAUCAGCGACAGGAGUGACACAACACUAAGGUGUGUGUGUGUAUGAUGUGAACCCCCCCCCCACACCCCCUCAUCAUCAACAUCGUCUACAGAGAGCCAACCUGAGGUUUUACAAGCCAUGCUGAGGACCAGGAACGAGCUGAAGUCCUGCUGAACACCAUGGCCCAGGCUAAAGGACGGAGAGAUGGCAUGGUGUCGUCCAAUGAGAACAGGCGCCGGCCACUGUCAUCGGGUGAGGUGGAGGGCGUGUCAUGGCAGGGCCCACGGACCAUUUUUGUCCAGAAGAACUCACAGGGAUUCGGCUUUACUCUUCGCCACUUCAUCGUCUACCCACCAGAGUCCUCCCUCCACAGCCUCAAGGAUGAGGAGAACGGAAAUGCAACUGGAAAAGCAGGUUGUCAGCGGUCUCGUUUGGAGCCAAUGGACACCAUCUUUGUGAAGAGUGUCAAAGAAAAUGGCCCCGCACAACAAGCUGGAUUGUGUACAGGGGACAGGCUGGUGAAGGUGAAUGGGGAGAGCAUCCUGGGGAAAACCUACUCUCAGGUGAUCGCACUCAUCCAAAACAGUGAAAACAUUCUGGAGCUCUCCAUUAUGCCCAAAGAUGAGGAUGUGUUGCAGUUGGUAAGUGCGUACUCCCAGGAUGCCUACCUGAAAGGCAAUGAGCCAUAUUCAGGCGAGGCCCAGAACCUCCCUGCGCCGCCGCCUCUCUGUUACCCUUCUCCCAAGCCCAGCUCCACUGCCCCACAGCCCAGCCACAACCUCCACAGUCCCCUGGACAACUGGCAGUGCCGACCUGGCCCUGCCACCUCUCCACUGGACAACCGCCCCCCUGCUGCUUCUACCCCCACCUCCGGCUGGCCCGGAGGUCCUGAGGAUUCCAGUGGUCACUUUGCCCCAUCAGGGCGGCACAGAGGCCGCUCCUCUUCAGCCAUCAGUGUGCUGGACUUUCACUUUGCUAACCACAAUGCUGCCAUCGCCUCUGCAACGCUGCCUCCACCACGGAAGAGCAGCCUGCCGGCCUCUGCCCGCACUCACGCCGAUGCUCUCUGCCACCAGGCUCUGUCGGACUGGUACUACAGCCAAGCUGAAGCUGCAGAGCACAUGUCCCCCCGCCACCGCAGUAUAUCUCAGGAUUGUUUAGCAGAGCUGGGGCUGGGAUUGGCCCUCGGCCCCGGACCCACACCUGCUUCCACAACCUCUGCUGAGCAACGCAGAAGAGAAACCCUCGUGUGCCACCACCAGGCAGCUGCUGCUUCCCAUGAUUCCUAUUGGCUAGGGGGCUGGGGUGGUGUGUCAGGACCAGGAAGCAGGUCAUGUUCAGAGAGCCUCCUGGCAGCAUACGCAGAGUACGAGCAUAACUAUGGGCGUUCUGUGGAAACACUGGCACAAGCCUCUGCACUGGUGUCGCCACGCUAUGAACACUCUGCACAAGCCUCCCAAAUGGCAAAAUUCAGAGAGCAGAAAGUUUCAACAGGGCAUCAGCACAAAACCACAGUGAUACCCCCCAUCACAGCCUCCUCCACAGUGCCUCCUAGUGGCAGGCAGUCAGGUCAGCAGGUAGCUGAACCCCAAACAAGGCGAGUAAAAGAUGAAGAGCUUGUGGGCUACAAAAGCUACAGCCCUUCUUUCUCUCGCAAAGCUGGCCACCUCCUCCAGCAGGCCCACUCCUUCAGAGAGCCCAGCUACAGCGGCCCUCACCUCAACUGGAGCCCCGGCAGCAGCGGCAGCCCUGCAGACAGUGAGGGGGGGAUGGUACCCAGGCCACAGUCUACCCCCGCCCUGUCUGCAUCAGAGGAGGAAAGAGCCCGACUGGGUGAGGACAGGGAGGUCAUCUCCCCCAUCACCCUGCAUCAAGAGGUGGUCCUUAGGCAGAAGCCACCCUCUGGCCGCCGAACCCCUGUUCAGGCUGUUCGACAUCCCCACUACACCACACCUGUGGAGUCACCGGAGUCCCCUGGUUUGGAACCCACACAAGGGACCCCCUCUCCUGUUGCUGGGGGGCCCGGCCCCAACCGCAGGGCUAAUGGUAGCCUGGCACAGCAUGCAUACAACUCCCUGUCCUCUAUUCCCUUCAUAGAUGAACCUACCAGCCCUAGUAUUGACCUACAGGCCUGCUAUGUACCAGCCCGCUCUGUUGUGUCCAGUUCCCAGGCCUCCACUAUGGCCACCCUUACUUCCACCUGUGUCUCCCCCACCCUCUCCUCCAUCUCCCCCUUUGUCCGACUUCGUUCUCAGGACUGCAGUGAGUCUCUCUCACCCACUCAAAAUACUGGAAGGCUUCACAAGGCUAGGCCAAUAUACAGCAGUAUUAAAGGUCGCCGCUCUUCUUACCUGUUGGCCAUCACCACUGAGAGAUCCAAGUCCUGUGACGAGGGUCUUAACACCUUCAGGGAAGAAGGCCGAGUAUUCUCCAAACUACCAAAAAGGGUCAAGAGCUUUUUCACCGAUGGGUCUCUGGAGAGCCUGCGAGCCCAGGAGGAGGCCCGCUCCAAACGCCACUCCACCUCUGAACUGGGAACCAUCACCUUCAGUGAUGUUCGCAAGGAAGGCUGGCUGCACUACAAACAGAUCCUCACAGAGAAGGGAAAGAAAGUAGGGGGUGGCAUGCGACCAUGGAAGCGGGUCUUCUCCGUACUCCGUUCCCAUUCGCUCUUCCUCUACAAGGACAAGCGAGAAGCCGUCCUUCACGGGGCAGGGGCGGGGCCCAGCCAAGACGAGCAUCCUCCAAUCAGCAUCCGCGGCUGCCUGAUCGACAUCGCCUACAGUGAAACCAAGCGUAAGCACACCCUGAGGCUGACCACGCAAGAUUUCUGCGAGUACCUGCUGCAGGCCGAGGACAGGGAUGACAUGCUGGCCUGGAUCAAGGUCAUCAGGGAGAACAGCAAGACCGACAACGAGGAGAUUGGUUUCUCAAGACAAGCUCUCAUCAACAAGAAGCUCAACGACUACAGAAAACACAGUCUGACAGGUAGUAAGCCAGACUCGUCUCCUAGAGCCCAUCGCAUGAUGCCUCCCUUCCUGCUGGCCAAGACUGACAACACCUCAGUGAACCGAGCCCCCAGAACCGAUGACAACAAGGCACUGUGGGGCAUCAACAUCAUGAAGAAGGCCAAGAAGACAGGCAGUCCGAAGGCUUUUGGUGUGCGACUGGAGGACUGUCAGCCUGCUGUCAACCAUAAAUUUGUCCCUCUGAUCGUGGAGAUGUGCUGUGGUGUGGUGGAGGAGACAGGCUUGGAAUACACUGGCAUCUACCGGGUGCCGGGGAACAACGCUAUGGUAUCCAACCUGCAGGAGCAUCUCAACAAAGGCAUGGACAUCAACACUGCUGAAGAGAGAUGGCAGGACCUGAAUGUAAUCAGCAGCCUGCUCAAAUCGUUCUUCCGAAAACUGCCUGAGCCGCUGUUUACUGAUGACAAAUACAAUGAUUUCAUUGAUGCCAACCGGAUAGAGGACGCAGAGGACAGACUGAAGACCAUGAAGAAACUGAUCCAUGACCUCCCAGAUCACUACUAUCACACCCUAAAGUUCCUGGUGGGUCACCUCAAGAAGGUGGCCGAUCACUCUGAAAAGAAUAAGAUGGAGCCAAGAAACCUGGCUCUGGUGUUUGGUCCCACUCUGGUGAGGACGUCAGAGGACAAUAUGACCGACAUGGUCACCCACAUGCCUGAUCGCUACAAAAUAGUGGAGACACUAAUCCUCCACCAUGACUGGUUCUUCACUAACGGAGAGCUCGAUAAGGAAGAAAAGGCCCCAGAGGAUAAGCGGGACAUGCAGCCUGUGCCCAACAUUGACCAUCUACUGUCCAACAUCGGUAGGCCAGGCAUGCCAGGAGAGGCAUCAGAUUCCACCACCAGCGAUUCACUUAAGUCAAAGAUUUCUUCGCUCUCCAAGAAGGACCUGAAUGCCAAGGACUUCCUGCCCAUGUCCAUCAUCUCUGCUGUGACCCGCAAACGAAAAAAAUGCCCCAGUACCCACCUGCAGGGCAGCAGCACAGACGAAGACUCCGACCACGAGCCAGUCAAAGCCAGCAACUUCAGGGGAGGAGAGGAAGGGGAAGGGGAGGAGGAAGAGGACAGAAGAGAGGAAGAGGCAGUCAAGGAAGAACAUACCAUUCCUAAAAAAGAAAAAAGGGAUGAAAAGGAAAAUAGGAUGAAUGCUAGAGAGACCACAGAGGGAAAAGAGUCCUUGGCUGGAAAGGAAGAGGCUGGAAAGGAUGUGACGAAUGGAACAGGCAGUGGUGCAAAAAAAAUUGAAAGGGAGAGCAGGCGGAGGACAACCUCGCCGGGAAAUGCACCGCAACGUCCAAGAAGUUUUGUCUGCUCACACCAUCAGAUCCAUUCCACAUACACAAGACCCCCAACCGUGGCUAGUCCUCCCUCCCAUCUCAGGCCUCACAAUCUGGCCAGAGGACACCCCACGCUCCCUUUCUGGAUCUGCCCCACCAGGCUUCCCAACCUCUACCAGGCUUCUAGCUUUUAUGGGACCCAACAGCCAGAUUGGAACCAGUCAGCUCCAGUCCGCUACAGGAAGACCAGAGGUGGGAGGACAAGGGCUGUUUCCAUGAAUUUGGAUCUUGAGCUGGGAAGGAGUGAGGACAGAGUGAGAGGAUGGAGAGCAGAGAGGGUGGAGGUGAUCAGAGUCAUUGAGGGAGCACCAGGCCAGCAUGGAUGUGUUGGGGUUCCUCAGGGAUCAAUUGUAGGUCCCGGGUCAAUUCAGCAAAUAGGUCCCCUCCCUCAUCUUGCCCAGGAUCCUCUCCCUCUCUCCUCCUCUUCCUCAGGAUGGAUAGAUCAGACAUCCCCGGGAUCUCAAGCUGUGGUCAUGAGAAGAUCAAACCUGGACCCGCGGGACAAGACGAGAGCAUGGCGUCGCCACACAGUGGUGGUUUAACCAGACUUUUUCAUCUACUAAUGCAGUUACAAAGUACCUGCCCUUUACUCACAAACAGUGGAUCACCUGUCACUGCUUCUAAAGCCAAGUGUCAUGUUGCUUUAGGGAUAUUCAUUGUGACUGUUCCCUCUUGGCUUUUUAAUGGCACUGAAGUUAGAGAUGUGAUCUCAUGGAUAAGGAAUGCUUUGACAUUGUAUGCAGUUGUAGAGUUUCAUUCCAAAAUGAGUAAACCCCCAUUUGAAAAAUGUGAAACUCGCUCUGAAAUUAACACACAAAUUCUACUAUUCAACUACUUUUGAAGCUAUUUGUCUUUAAUCCUUUACUUACAAAAUAACUGUAGAUGUAAUUAUCCAUGUUGUUUUAUAUUUUGAAAAGAACAUUAGGGCUGAGCACUGCAAAUUGAGAUCCUGGUAUUUCCAGGAAAUUUUCACCAAAAUCUGAUCACCUUUCUCAGGAAAAAUACCCGUGGGAUCCUUUGAUUUUUCGCUUACAUGUUUACAUACUACGCUUCUACACAUCUGUUGUACACAUAGUCCGAGCUUGAACUGCUAUCAUUAGGGCAAAGUCAAAAUGAAAUAGGUGGUGCUAGAAGCUUGGUGAGAUGAUGUUUACUUGCAGAAGCAGGUUGGUGAACUACUGUAGCUUGCAAGCUAACAUGCUAACCAGCUAGCAACAUGCACACUAGUGUUAGUCACAAUGGAUCUCUGAGCUAGGUAGCUUGCUAAUUGACAGGACACAAAGUUGACAAGACACACAGUUCGUGGAGCAUUUUCCUCCAGCAGGAGAGGUUGAAUUAAGUGGAUGGUGCAACACAGUUAAUGAACUACAGUAGCUUCCAGUGUUCUGGACUUUUCCAACUCUGCAAUAUCUCUCUGCUAUUGGUCACAGGUGCAAUUUCAAGUAUUGAAGAUUCAAGGAUUUACUUCACCCCAACAAACCACUGAUCACAACAGUUCCACUUAAAUGAAUAGAUUUUGCAAUAAAAUGUUGCCAUUUUUAAAACUGUUAGUCUGGGAACCAGACAAAUCCGUGAACUCAUGUUUUCAUUUGCUCUGGUAGAUGCGUUUGCUCCCCUCCACUUCAAACACAUUUCCACCAGACAUGACAGAGAUGACAGAAAAACAGUUGUUAAUCUGUUAUGGGGUGUCCUUGAUAAGGUGACGGACAACUUAUGGAAUCUUUUUGCUUAAUGCAAAAUAGAUAAAGAUGUUAUUUCUGGCUUGCACAGGAAAGUGAGCAUCAACCUAGCUUAGUAAAGAGGAGUGGUAUAUUUGAUGGUGAAAACAGCAACACUCGUUCACAGACAUAUUGAUGCUAUACCAUCACAGCUUGUUUCUGCACACUGUAGUCUGUUCAUUGCUCAGUGCUACAUCACGAUUUACGUCACGACCAUUUACAGCCAUUGAUAACGCCCCCUGGAAAUCGAACAUAAACUGAAAAGUUGCAGACUAAUUUGCAUUUGCAAAUUGAUCUGGUGAUGCCAGGCCAAUAACCUAGUCCUUUAGAGCGUUAUAACUGGAAACACUUUUCACCUGGAGAGCUUUCAUCCAUUAACUUUUCAUGACACUUCACCAUCAGCUAUAUGGCAAAUAUUUUUUUUAGAAGAAGUGAAUAAGGCAGAAUGCAAAAUGUUGAAGUGAAAAGAAGGUCAUACACUGACAUGCAGAGCUCCAUCAAAAAAGAGAAGUACGGGUGAUUGCUGAGCAAUGUUGAAGGCCCUGAGUGGGGCUCUAAAGGAUUCUGAUUAAGUUGGACUUGAAACAAUCUGUGAAACUCUUGUGCAGUCAGUGUUUUACAAUGCUAUUCUUCAUACAGCCACAAGAUGGUGCCACAGUAAGGAGUUUUCAAAUCCUACACACAGGGGCUUAAAUAUGUAUCACUGAAAUAAUGUUUUGGAAUGAAACCCUUCAAUUGUAAAUUUAAAAUAGGAGUUAAAAACAAGAGAAAGCCAUAUCAGACAUUUGAAAUUCAACUCCAGAGCCCGGCUGCUGCUGUUACAACUAACCCUCACCAGCAAAGACCACAGCAGUCAUCGGCCACAUGUUUUUCACUGCAAACCGACUGUGCUGUACACGCUGGUGUCUUCCCCCGCUGCUUUUUAUCCACGUGGGCAAAUAUCACAUAUGCACUCUCACUUGCCGGCCUAAGUACAGCACAGUACGCUAAUUCAGAGGAAACCUCACCUCAGUUUACUUCUCAGCCCUUUAGAAGCUCUUCCAAAGCCUCCUGUGGAUCUACAGGGAACUUCAUCGAUCCGUGGGAGCAAAACAACUCACUCUCUCUGGAUGACAUGACUCGGGCAUUAUGCUAAAGCUUCCAUGGACUAAAAAAAUGCAUGCAUGGGGUCAGUGACAUAUAAAAAUAUGCAAACCCUAAGUGUUCAACACAAGCCUAUUGUGCUUCCCUGUGUGUAUUGUGCAUGUGGGGAGAGGAGUGCCAGAGCGUUGAGGAAGUUAAUGCCUGUUUCAGAGGAGCAAAGUGUUCAAGGCAGCUAUGCGAAGUCAUGCCAAAAUUCUUCUCUUUUCUAUUUGGGUAACUGUACAAUAUCAGCAGUAUGGAGCCAAGACAUGUUCAGCACUUAGUGCAACAGUGAGGCUCAGUUAAUACAUAAUAUCAGUGUUACUAAGAGUAUUGUCAUGGGAGCAGUUGAAAGUGAGUUAAUAACCUCCUUAAAUCCAAAACCACAGAGUCUUACCUGAGUGAUAUAUUUGCAUUUUUCCUUUUCACAUUUUCACUAUUUUUGCUCCCAUUAAAAGUCUGAAAGAGAAAAAAAAAUUAAAUGGAGCUGAACCAAACUGUACUGCCAACCACUGUCAUCCAACCAGACUCCAUGUUUGUCUUAAUCAUAUCUAGACUCAGUCUGUCCUUCUCUCUAUCUGUGCCCUUGUGCAUGUACUUUAUGUACGUGGGUGACUGUGCGUGGACCAAUUUUAUAACAGUUGUACAAAGCCUUGUUAAGUUAACCUGUGUAUAUAAUUAUUAUACAUAAUAUAUUAAAUUAUUUGUUUUGGAA